GCGCUAAAGCCACAUCCGUCGUCUCGUUUCUCUAUUUCCGUUUUAGUAAUCAUGGGUAAUGUAGUUUUUUACUGUUCCUGGUCAAACUGUGUGGCGCGGAAGUUAUAGUUGGGUUGUUUUUGUGUGUCGCGGUUUGUGCUCAUGGAAGGACGGUGUUCGGUUGAGACUUGGGCAGAAUUCGGGCUGUUAGGACAACAAGGCACGCCGAAAGUCAAGUUUGGUUUCGGCACGAAUAUUUUUAUCUGCACUGGCUGCGACGAAGUCUGUGUCUUCAGUGCUAAUGAGAGAAAGCUCACGGCUGUCCUUCAGUUUCCUGGGCCCGUGAAUGAUUUGGUUGAGAGCUUCGACAAGCAGCUCCUGYUUGUGGCCUGUGGGAGUGGGGUUUAUUGUGUGGACCUACAGCUGCUGUUACGCAGGGGCUCAUCGGGGGAUGCCUCCUCCAGUCCAGCUGAGAUAAAAAUCUCCUCUGAGUCUGUUGUUGUAAAUGCAGAUGGAGUGAGCUCUUUGCUCCUUGUUGGCUCCGUGCUCCUGACCCUUUGUCAGACUGACACAUCCUGGCUCUUGACUUCCUAUAAAAAAMCCCAACAAACACAGCCCACCACCUAUGAGGUGCUCAGUUCGUUCCAGCUGCCUCUGGUUUCUCCUGUCUUACACGGCGACACAAAGAUGAGGGCAGGACGAACGGGGAGGUCUGUGCUGCUCUGUGCCCACUUUGGGAAAAGGCCUCCACCUUUUUCCUCCCCUGAUGCCACAGAUGCGAGCCGUUCCCACUUCUGCCUCGAACCGGUUCUCUUCAAACUUCUGUUCGGGGUUGAAGCUGCUCUUUCCAAAUCCCCAGUUGUUCUUUGCGGCCUGCCAGAUGGGCGCUUGUGCUUCCUCCCUCUGGGUCUGCCAGGAUCACGGCUCCGAGUUCUCUAUAGCCUCGAGCAGCCGCUUGUGUUUGCUGGAGCAUCUGUUGUCAUGGAAACAGAUCCAGGACAGGCGCGGUGCUUCGCGGUGGUGGGCGAACAAGGCAGAGUCGUGCUGAUUAAGGCUGAUAAAGCUGAGCCAGAAAGAGGAGGGGCCUUUGCUCGUUUCACUGAGGGGUGUGUGUCGGGACCUGUGGAGUGCGGCAUCGUGGGUAAAGAUUGUCUUUACUACAGCACUGGCUCAGACCUCCUCACUCUGAAGCUGGCACAGGAGUCAGCUGGGAGAGAGGACAAAGACAAGGAUGAGGCCACCUUCCAAAGUCCAACCAGUAUAAACGUGUGCGGCGUCGUUGCUUUAAAUGAAUUCAGCACCACAGGUGAAGUUCAGCUGCUUGGACUGACGGUCAGGGGGCAGAUUCAGAGCAUUAAAUUACCUGUGAGGGGGCAAGAUAAAGAACUCUCCAGGCCCCACUCCUUACAGGUUGGUCAUAGCAUCGGGGACCUCCUGUCUGCCAUUGGGGACGUUUGUGAAAGAGCAUCAGUUCUAAAAACGGUCAUCAAAUCCAAAAACCACAUCCUGAGGCAGCUGAAUCAGGUAGUAAACAUCAGUUUCCUGCUGACAGGAAGUACAAAGGUCGAAGAAGCUUUUCCCGUCAGAGAGAARCCGAUCAGGUGUCACGCCACAGCAAGAUGGGGCAGAUCUCUCCAAAAAGACACCUUAAAUCUUCAGUGUGUCCUGAAUAAUUYAAGUCCUUACGUCCUGGAGCGAGGCUGGUCUCUCAGCAUCGCCGUCUUUCCUCUGUCCUAUUCUUCCAGCACAGAAGAGGAAACUCCUUCCACUCAUUUUUCUGUCCCGCUCCUCAAUCUCUGUCCCGGGGAAAGUUUCGAAGUGUCGCUGCCGGUCACAGCUGCAGGCGACGCAYCUUUCCCUCUGACUGUAAACUGCUCGCUCAUCCUGUCGCUUUCAGGUUUCCUGGGAGAGGAGGGGGAGGCAGGCGUAUUUCCCAGUUUGCAGACUAGUUGUUUCAGUUUGCCUUUGAACACGCUGACAGUGGACUGGUUGAACGCUUCACAAGUAAUCAGUCCCACAGCCCUCCAGUCCAACAAAGCAACAGACACUCUUCAAGCUUUUUUAAGCUCGAGACAGAUCAGCUGCUCCCACGGAGACGGUGCCUCAAAGCCGGAGAAGUAUUCUGCGAUUGUGCGAGUGUCAUCAGAGUUAUUGAGAGAAACACUGACGCUGAAAAGCUUUGAUUUGGAAACCCAGGGGCCGGAGUUGGCCUCUCAAAGUCUCUGCUUCACUCUACUUGACUGGCUGUUGUUUGAAGAUCACGGAGGAGUGAAGAUGGKGCACGAAGGGGAUAAGAUCGACAUCAGCAGCUUGAUGAUUCAAACCCGCGCGCCGAACGGAGCCGCAGUUCAGCUGACGGCAAAAGAGAUAAACGUCGAAGAGGAGAACUUGGAGAAGAAGGAGCGCCUCGUCUGUGUCGAGGUUCAGAUUGAGAGCUCAUCAGUGGCUGCKGUGUGCGGUCUGCAUCACGCUGUGCUGCGUCGGAUCCAGAGUUUGUUAAAGCGAGCUCCUGAGAGAGCUGCCUCCACAGAGAAGCUCCAGAGAUUAGGACUGAGACGAGCGCUGCAGCAGACAGAGAUCCUGCAAAGUCAAAUCUCAGAAGCCYUGAGCGUGGGCAUGUCCUCCAGCCACAUGAACCGAUUCCUUCUCUGUGUUUACCAAGAACUCAGAGAAACUCCUCUCCUCAUAAUUUAACACCUACGCGGCUGCCCCUCGGCCUCGUUUGGUGCUCUGUAACCCUGACUUCACAACUGCAACAACAAAUAACCUGCGUUCAUCUUCACCACAGUAAAUAUGCUUUGUGUCACACUUUAAACACCUGCUAACUAAGAGUUURUAUUUUACAUAAAGAGGCAAAGCUUUGAAGUUGCUAUUAUAACCCCAUGCAUGAAAAUCAACAUCUACAUGCUUAGUUGUUCAAAUGUAUUCUUUGAGUCAAGAGUACAAUCCAGAGCCAACUGACAUGUUUGUUUUAUCCAAAUGGUAAACUUGAUGUUUUGGAUAAAGAAUUGAAGACGUGCUGCAGAAAGUAACACAUUUGGCAGCAGAAAACAAUACAGAUGGUCAGCCAGCAAGCUGCUGACUGGUCUGGUUCCAAACAGACGGAACCAGCUUCUGGGACCAAUGAGAAAUGAGUUACGUCUUUCAAUAGCACCUGUCUGCAAUAAAGUCUUAGCUUUGCGCUGUA